AUGGUUGAAAAUUCGACGACUGAUGUUCCACGAUUCGAGAAUAUUCAUGCUCAAGAUUUCGCUUAUAACAAAAAACACGUAAAUUGCGAUUAUCGGGUUUAUGAUUUGAACAAUCGAGUGAUAUUCUACGUGUGCAGCUCAACAACCCAAAUCAACAGAGGAGGACCAUUUUCAUUGAAAUUUCUCAACAAAGACCAGAAGGACGUUUCGGAGUUUCUGCGAGCGGAGCCCCGAAGAAAAAUCAACUAUUUGCCGUGUUUGUCGACUUUGUAUCAAACGAGAGACGAAAUCGAAAUACUCGACAACAGUGGGAAAUGCAUUGGCACAUCGUUGCUCAUUGAAAGCUUUUGGCAAGGGAUUCAAAUCCAAGGAUCAAAAGGACAAUUCAUGGGUGAAAUUCGCCAAAAAAUCAUAUCAUCUGGCGAUGCUCAUCAUCACUACAAGGGUCUCACAUGUUGGUUUCCCCAUCCGAUUCCAGUUUAUCAUAAAUUGCACAUUCUUUCGGCCGCAUUUCUUCUUGAAAUCGACUUUUUCUCGGACAAAGCAAUUCGCCGAAUCCCUUUUCAUGAUCCCGAAAUUGAGUAUCUUAUUCCUAUCAUCAAAACUCCGCCAUAUCAUGAACGCGUACGAAGGGAGCAUCGGAAGAAACACGCUAAACCGCAUGAAGUGAUUGCUGAAGGUGAAAAAGAAUCGAAGGACGAGGCCGACGAGAAGAGAGGCGAGGUGAUGCCAUUUAUUGCUCAUAUUAGAGGAAUAUUGAGCUCGACGACGACAAAUUCAACCGCAGCAGAAACAACGGAAAUCGAAAAAGAAAAACCUCACGUGGAAGGUGAAAAGGAACCUUGUGCUGGAUCAAAUAUUAUAUUUGGAAUGGAUCGAGAAGCUUUUCGAAAAGCAACCGUUCGAGUUGUUGAUUAUGUUAUGCGACAAGAUGAAACCCUUCGAGAGCAGCGAUGUGCUCCAGCUACUCGGCCUGGUUAUCUUCGUGCUUUGCUUCCCACGAGACCUCCGGACCAUCCAGAUGAUCUCGAUGAUAUUCUCGAGGAUUAUCAUAAGCUUAUUGUGCCUGGACUUGUUCAAUCGUGUCAUCCGAAAUUCUUUGGUUCGUUCCCAUCGGGCAACUUUUUCCCUUGUUUAAUCGCUGAACUACUUGCUCCACACACCGAAGACCAUGGCGGUGGAAGUGUUGCAUCUCCAGCAUUAAUGGAACUAGAAGUUAUAAUGAUGGAUUGGCUCGGCGAGACGAUGGGUUUGCCCAAAGAGCUGCUGUUCUUUCCCGACUGCUCGAGAGGCGGUGGCUGCAUGCAGGUAUGCCAAUCUGAUGCGAAUUUAACAACAAUGAUAGCGGCAAGGAAUGCAGCUAUUUCGAAAUACAAAAAGGACCAGAAUGAGUCUUCUGAACUUAUUGGCAAACUCGUCGCCUAUACAUCUCCGGAGGCACAUCCCUCAAUUACAAAAGCUGCAAAAUCAGCCAUGGUUACUUUACGUGUUUUACCGACUGACGAGAAAAUGAGUUUGCGAGGAACUGUGUUACAACUGGCAAUAGCGAAGGAUCGACGCGACGGUCUUAUCCCAUUCUUUGUAGCAGCAACAUUCGGAACAUCGACGACUUGCUCAUUCGACAAUGUUGCCGAAAUUGGGCCAGUUUGUCGAGAUGCUGGCGUCUGGCUCCAUGUCGAUGGGUCUUAUGCGGGUAGCGGAAUGAUGUGUCAAGAGACACGUCAUCUGAUGAAAGGAUUAGUCUACGCCGAUUCGUUCAUCACAACCCCGAGCAAACUUGUGUUAUCCGUCUGCGAUGUCUGCUGUCUUUGGGUUCGCGAUCGAGUGCAACUAGAAUCGGCAUGUGAUAGCGACAACUUCUCGUCGCAACCUAGUGCAUUCUGCACAGGAUUGCCUUUGAGUCGUCGGUACGGAGCACUCCGCCUCUGGUUUGUUCUGAGGAUAAGUGGAGUUGAGCAAAUUCAGCGACAAAUUCGAGAACAUAUUCGACUUGGAAAAUUCUUUGAAACUCUUCUACUUGGCAAUAAACGAUUUGUGAUCUGCAAUAGCGUUCUCUUUGGAAUCAUUUGCUUCCGCUCAAUAUUUUCUGACAAUUUCAACAAAGUUCUACUCCAUCGGUUGAAUGAAUCAGCAAAACUUCAUUUGUCUGGUUGCCAAGUUAACGGCGCAUUCUGUUUGAGACUAUGCAUCAACACACCGAGGACAACCGAGGAAGAUCUCGAAGCUUCAUUCAAAGUGAUUUGCAAUCACCUCGACCAGAUCAUGCCCUAUCAAACAACAAUUUCCCAAAUGACUUGCGACGAACUCGAUACUUAUCUCAAGAUUCCGAAGCGAGGAAAACCGCGGAAAACUCAAAGCACGAUCAGCAGUCUCUCUGAAACCGCCAGCAACAUCCGAGUGAACACUGUGAAACCAUCUGCGGACAAAUGUGCACGGAUGAAGAUGUUCAGAAAUUCGAAAUCGAGCGAGGCUUCGAUGAAAUGA